AUGAGGAUCUCUUCAUUGUUUGGGCCCGCGGCGGCUGGUUUAUCGGCCCUUUUUACGAUAUUGCCCUUCGCGAACGCUCUCACAUUCGACGCUAUCUCGCUUCCCGAUUUGGACCUGUCUUCAUUAGGACGGGUCUCAAUUACCGGUGACUUCCAUGGUGUCUCCCUGUACGAAUAUGAGGGCCAGUCUGAGAUCACUAAAACCAACGGCUCAUCAUCUAUCCUAACUCCCUUGCCAAAUGGAAUCCUCACAAAUCUCUCCUCUUCCGAUGCCCAGAUCCAGGCUAUGUGCUCCUUUACGAAGAAAGACGGAACUUUUGCUGGAAUUUUUAUUGGUGGUACCUUUACAACACUUGGAGGCGUGGAAUCUCAGGGUGCAGCCCUGUUCAACCCGAAUACCAGCGCCGUGACAGCUCUGCCUGGCUUGAAUGGCACCGUUUCGGCCGUGGCCUGCGACCAGAGUACCAACCGGGUCUAUGUUGGUGGAACAUUCACUCACAAGAACAGCUCCAACGCCAUCGCAUGGAGCCCUGACGACGGCUGGACCGAUCUUUCCUUCGAAGGCCUCAAUGGCCCUGUCAAAUCGCUAUUGAAAGCUGAAAAUGGUCACAUCAUCUUCGGUGGUUCUUUUGAUGGAGUCGGUAAUUCAACAAAUUCGAACUCGACCAAGAAUUCUGGUGGAUUGCAGGUUCUCAAUCUGCAGAAUGCGACCAUCACAUCCGACGCGCUGACCGACCUCAGUGGCUAUGAAGAUCCUUCAAAUAUCAUCUGUUCAACAAGCGGAACGGCCGCCAAGGGGAAGACCUGGUUGCUUUACGACUAUUCCCCCGGAUACUGGCGCGCAGAGCUUGGAUUCGAAUUCCACCCAUCAAAGGUUCGCCUUUACAACACCCACCUGGAUGGACGUGGCACCAAGUCCUUCUUGUUUCGCGCUCUUCCCGAUAACGGUAUCAUGAACAUGACAUACACGGACUCUUCCGGUAACACCGUUUCCUGCGACCAAAGCUGCCCGCUUUCCAGUAACUCCACCGAAAAGUACCGUGACUUCACCCUGGUCAACCCGGUGGGAAUGCAGGGAAUGCAGAUUGAGAUUUUGGAUUGGUAUGGCGAAGGUGCGGGAUUGAACGGAAUCGAGGUUUUCCAGGAGAACAUCUUCGCUUAUGCUGUGGACAAAUUCAACGAGCCUACCUGUGCCGACAUCGACUACCCGUCUAACUCCAUUGUCAGUGGUACAUGGACGGUGAACUCGACUCAUCUGUCCGCCCAAGUGACCGAUGACAAUGACAGCGAUACCUCGGUUGUUUUCGAGCCUGACGUCAAAGAGUCGGGUAACUACACUAUUCUCCUCUACACUCCCGGAUGUGUUGAUAGUGGAACAUGCAGCACUCGUGGUAUGGUCAAUGUCACUGCCACUGUAGUGAAAGAUGACUCCGAUGCCUCAAACCCCUCCCCUACAACCAUCUAUCAGACAAAUGACGAUGACAAGUACGACACUUUGUUUUCCGGAUAUGUCGACAAAGCUAGUGAUUCUUUCCGGCCUCGCGUCACCCUUCGUCCAAUUGUCGGCCAGGGAGAUAUCAAUGUGGUAGCGUGGCGUGUUGAAUUCAACGCCCUCUUCAAUACUACUUCGACAUCAGACUCCGACUCGGAUUCAGACUCUGACUCCGACUCUGACUCAAGCUCGGGAGAUCUGAACGGAUUGUAUGAUUAUGAUCCAACAACUACAACCGCCUCUACCACCAACAGCUCCGAUAUCGACAAAGCCGGCGCCUCGCUUGACAAGGACGCCACUAUCCUGAGCCUGGCUGAAUAUGAUGGUGUAAUUUAUGCGGGUGGUAACUUCUCAGACAGCAGUGUCAGCUAUGUCAUGUCCAUCACUGAUGGCAAUGCUACUGCAAUGCCAGACGGGGGCUUGAACGCUGAAGUUUUGUCUAUGACCACCCUCAAUGAAUACCUCUACGUUGGAGGCAAGUUCACUGACACUUCUGACGGUGGUGCCGACGGCUUGUACCAUGUUGUGUCAUAUUCUUUCUCAUCGAAGGAAUGGUCUGCCAUGGGUCAAGGUCUGAAUGGUCCUGUUUCGACUGUUUAUCCCAUCGACUUGAAUGUCUCGUCUUCCAUCAACGAGACAACCAUUGCCGUCAGCGGCAACUUCACUCAGAUUCGGGCUACCGAUUCGCACGACGCCGUCUCUGUCUCUGGGUUCGCUAUUUGGGUUCCCUCCAACAAGACCUGGCUUCAGAGUCUCAACGUAACCCAGAUGGAGUUUGCUGGCCAGCUGAAUGCAGUUGCCUCAGUGAACGAGACCACCAUUCUUGCUGGUAACCUGGCCACUGAUGGAUACACCGCCGCUGAUGCGGUUUCUCUGCAGAAUGCCGAUGAUGAUCUCAGUCUCCUCCCGCUGAACAUGGACCUCAACCAGUCUGCAUCCACCGGAGGAUUGUACACCGGCGUCUAUGAUGUCGAAUCGGAUCGUAAUCUCACAAUCUUCGGUGGUCAAUUCAAUGCCACCAGCAGCAACGGCUCAUCCAUCUCCCAAGUCGCGUUUUUCAAUGGGACUGAUGGGACGGUCUAUGGCCUACCACAGGGCUUGGACAGCAACUCGACCGCCAUGGCUAUGGCCGUAUACAAUGAUACCCUCUUUGUUGGUGGUAACAUCACCGGCAGUAUCAGUGGCUCGCCUAUUGACGGUUUCUUUGUCUACGACUUGAACAGCAACGACUUUGCGUCACAACCAUGGAAGCUUCACCCAUCCGAUGGCUCUAAAGUGACGGUGAAUGCUAUUGCUGUUCGACCUGGCUCAUCCGUCGUCUACAUUGGAGGCAACUUUGACACAGCUGGUUCACUGCCGUGUAAUACUGUUUGUGCUCUGGAUUCCGAUGCCAACUCCUGGAGUUGGCCUGGCGUGAGUAUCAGCGGUACUGCGAUUGCUCUCUCAUGGGCCAGCUCGAACACCCUUUAUGCGGCUGGCAAUCUGACUAUUUCGGGCAAUCAAACCCUGGUUGCCACCUAUGAUGUGAAAACUGAUACUUGGACUCCCUUGUCUGGUGCCUCCCAGACUGAGAUCCCCGGAACUCUUACUGCCUUUGCGCCCGCUUCCACUGAUGACUCGACAUUCUGGAUUGCCGGCACAUCGACCAAUGGCUCAGCCUACUUCUUGAACUACGAUGGCUCCGAGUUCCAAUCCCCGGGUGAUCUGUUUGACGAGGGCACUGUCAUCCGUGGAAUGGAAAUCUUGCCGCUCAACAAGAACCACGAUUCGGUGUCCCUGCUGAACGAUGACCAGACGCUUCUCAUCAUGGGCCAGCUUAUCAUCCCCGACUUUGGUAAUGCCUCAGCUGCCCUCUACAAUGGAACUGCAGUCACUCCGUUUAUUCUUUCCUCCAAAUACGAUGGUCAAGCAGGUAGCAUGGCACAGUUCUUCUCCGAGUACUCGAACCCCUACGACACUAGUUCAAGCCAUCACUCAAAUGGUAUUGUGGUUCUAGUGGCGUUCUGUUGUGCUCUUGGUUGUGUCUUCCUCAUUGUCGCCGCUGGUGUGAUCAUGAACAAGGUCCAGCGCCGUCGCCAGGGCUACUCCGCUGCGCCUCAGACUUUUGGUACUGACCGACCCACGGAUAUGCAACGUGUGCCGCCUGAGUACCUAUUUAACUCCAUCGGACAGCCGAACCCGACUGCUCCAGUCAUCUAA